AUGGAACCCGACUCCGAGGCCCUUCAAGGCGAUGCUUCAGCUUCAUUGCCACCUGAGACCGAAGGCUACCCAGCCGCGGCACCGUCGGACGCGGCGGCGGAGCGCGAGCCGCGCCCGAACCGCGCUGUGGGCCUGCCCUACGAGAUCAUUGCAUCGGAGCUCGCAGAGCGGCAGCAGCAGCCGGCGCCGCGUGGCAAACGCUCCGUCAAGAGUGAGGACGCAGAUGACGAGCCAUACUACCCGGGAAGCAGCAAGCGCUCGAAGGUGGCCGUCGACUCUGUCGAGCCCCAGGACCUGGCGGGCAAUGUCUUCCUGCGCGUCGACGCGCUGCAUCCCAACGCUCUCGUGACCUUUGACGGCGACCUGGCUCGGCCCCUGUUCUUCGAAGAGCGCGAGAGCGGGGCGGUGGAGAUCCCCGGGGCGCUGCUGGGGGAGGGGGUGGACGCGAUGGCGCUGAAGAUGCCGGGAGUGGAGGUGGAGCUGCCGGGCGGCACGCGGCGGACCGCCACCGUGUCGGAGCUCAUAAACUACCUCAAGCUGACCGAGAAGCCCACCAAGGUGGGGCCCUACAUGAUACCAAAGGGCGUGAUGGUGUUCCCCUGCCUCUACGUCAUCAACAACUGGAGCGGCAACUGGGAGGAGCCGCGCAGGUUCAAGCCCGAGCGCUGGCUGGUCAGCCCAGGUGACCCCGACCCCGCCAUCGACCAGAAGACAGGCGCGCCCCGCUUCCUGCCCUUCAGCUCCGGCCCCAAAGCCUGCAUCGGCGGGGCGCUGGGCCUGGUGGCGGUGCGCACCGCCGCAGCUGCGCUGCUCUCCACGUUCACGUACCGCCUGGCGGAGCGCAUGGGGACCCCGGCCUCCAUCAAGGGCCGCACCAAGCUGGCACUCACCCUGAAAGUGGAGGGCGGCAUGUGGCUGCGCUGCGCGCGCCGCGUCAAGGCCUGA